AUGUUUGUGAUUUGUUUUGUUAAUUCAGUUCUAAUAAUUGUUUUUGACACAUUACGAAUCAUCGACAAAGUUAAAGUUAAAAACUUGUCAGUUUCUGUUAUUUUAGACUUAGAAGGAUUAAAAUGCUUUUUUGAAUAUGAUCUUUAUUGUACUCCUAAAAAUGUUGAUACUAUUUUUUUCUUUAUUCUUACUACUGUUUUAACUCGUUCUAUUUCAUCAUUCUUUUCUAAUGAUAGAGAAGUCAGAAUUAAAAAUAUUAAAAAAUAUGGCGAAAUUUUAAAAAACAAAGAUCUUGAAGGCAAAAAUCUUGAUAUGCAUAAAUUUGUUUUCUUACAAAUUAAUGAGUAUAAAAAAGCUUCGGAAUUUUUAGGUCAUCAAAGACUUUAUAUAGAAGUUGAGGACAAAGAUGAUGACCUAGAGUAUAUCAGAAGCAUCAAAGAAUUUUACACUGACAAAGAAUAUAAUAAGGUUGAAGAAUUUUAUUUGGCAAAAUUUAACGAAUUGGAAGAUGAAGAAAAUGAAGCUGACGAAGAAAAAUUUAUGAUAGUCAGAAAUAUUAAUGAUGAAAAUAAAAAGGAUAUUGUCAAAAAAAUUAUAUUUGAAAAAUUAAAAAAACCUGUGGGCAAAAGAUUUUUGAAAGAAAAGAUUGAAAAGUAUAUCAAAAAUAAAAUUAAUAUUCCAGAAACAAAAAUUAUAGCUGAAGAAUUAGUCAAACAUGCAAGGGUUUAUGCUAAUAUUCUUGAAAUUGGCUUAUUUCAAUAUAUCACUUAUUCACAUCGCUCAAGGAAAAAACUUAUGGAAUCUUAUAUCAAUAGUGGUAGUGAAUAUGAAAAAAAAUUAAUAGAAGAAAUUGAUCAAUGUGAACAAAUAGAAAAGAUGCUUAAUCAUACAAAGCAUAUUGAUGA